AUGGGCAUCGUCGCAGUGAAGAAUCUCGUCGAGGAGGGAUUCGACGUCACCGGAACGCCGUCGUACUGCUCAGCCAAAGAGAUCGAGCGUUACUUGGAGAACUACGUCGACCGCUUCGACCUACGCAGCCGUUUCCGCCUCAGCACGGCCGUGAAGGCCGUCACGUAUCAGGAUGAUGCGGCCAGGUGGCGUCUCGAAUUCUUCGCCACCGAGGGGGAGGGGGGUUCUCCGUCAUCCGUCUACUUUGACCGGGUCGUCAUGGCCACGGGGCCGCAUGCCGAAGCUGUCGUACCGGAGCUGCAGAACGCACAGCACUUCUCCGGCCAGAUGAUUCACGCCCGAGCCUUCAAGACACCGGAAGACUACAAGGAUAAACACGUCGUCCUCGUCGGACUAGGCAACUCGUCGAGCGACAUUGCCGACGCUCUCUGCCACGUAGCCGCCAGCGUGUCCAUAUCCCACCACCGCGGAGCCAUCGUCCUCCCCCGGCAUCACAGGGGACUGCCGAUAAGCCGGCUGGUGACGCAGCGCCGCAUCAAGACCCAGGACCUCCUGCAGCGGUACCUGCCGGGGACCCUCGACCGCGCCGUCAGCAAGAGCUCCCGGAAGAUGAUGAGCGACGCCUUCGGCCACCCCGACCCGGCCUGGCGUCUCGACCCGGCCCCGUCCCUGGCGAUCUCACCGCCCAUCGUAUCCGACACCAUCGUGCCGCAGAUGCGCUCCGGCGCCGUGCAGUCCGUCGCGGCCAUCGACCGCAUAUCGGGUCCCUCCGAGCUGACCCUCGCGGACGGGACGGCCGUCCGAGCCGAGGCGGUGAUAUUCUGCACCGGCUACCGAAACGGCUACGCCAUGCUAGACCGCCGGUUCGACCCGGCGGCCAGCCAGCCCGAGGCGUGGACCGCGGCCCCGGGAUCCAAGGGCCGUCCGCUGCUCAGGCUGUACCAGAACGUCUUCUCGCUCCACAAGCCAGACUCGCUCGCCUUCCUGGGGACCGCCUGGUUCGCCACGGGGGCCUUCUGCAUCGCCGACCUGGCCAGCAUGUGCAUAGCGCAGGUCUGGGCGGGCAGGUCGCCCCUCCCGUCGCCGCCGGAUAUGGAGCGCUGGGCUGACGCGCAGCAGGAGAGGUUGUGUGCUCUGGCGCGGAGGGGGACGCCUGUUCCUGCCGCCGUCCCGCAGCUCGAGUGGCUCACCUGGGCGGACGAGACUAUGGGGGCCGGGGUGAUUGGCAGGUUAGGAUGGGGCUGUAAGGGCUGGUCGUUCUGGUGGAGGGAUCGCGCUAUGUGGUCUAUGCUCAUGGAUGGGGUGCUCACCUCGUCCAUGUGGAGGUUGUUCGACGAGGGCAAGAGGAAGCCGUGGGAUGGGGCGAGAGAAACCAUCAUUGCGGCCAAUGCCGAGGCAGAUUCUGCCAGGGAAGGACGGGUCGGCUCUGUCUGA